UAGAACGUUUCUGUUUACUUGGAACCAGAAUGAAAUCAGAAGAACUGGACGACUUGUUUUACUCAUACGACUGCCAAUCUCUUCUAGCCGACAAGCGGGUUGUCAUCAUGGGAGAUUCAAUUCAACGUUCCGUCUACAAGGAUUUCGUUUUACUUCUACAAGAAAACCGUUUACUCGACGAAAGCGAGUUGAGGCGCAAAGGCGAAUUUUCGCACGAGAAUGACAAGCUCAUUUACGGCGGAAGGAAGGAAAAGAUGUCCAACUCCACGACAUUCAAAGAACACCGCACCUACCGGCACACAGAAACGAGAACAGACGUUGAAUUCUACUUCAUCACGAGGAUCUACAACGAGUACGUACUCGACCUUUUCAGUGAACUGGAGCGCACGCCCCCUGACAUCCUAAUAAUCAAUUCAGCUCUGUGGGACCUCCACCGUUAUGGACGCCUUGCUGAUAACAAGUACAGAGACAACAUAGAAAAAGCUGCCUCUCGAUUAGAGAAAAUCAUGACAAAAAAGGAUAACGGGGCACGUCGGUUGCUUGUCUGGUCUAUGAGCAUGCCUGUAUCAUCCCAGAGUCAUUCUGGAUUUGUCGAUAGAAACUUCGAAGGAACUGUGGGUGGAGGAGUUAAUGUAGCCAACCAGGCAGCCAAGUCGGUGAUGAGGCAACAUGGAGCCGAAGUAAUCGAUUUUUUUCAACUAUUUGAAGGUCAACUGCAUCACCGAGUUCGGGAUGGAGUUCACUGGGAUGCCAUUGCUCAUCGACGAAUAACCAACUACAUCUUGUUGCUCGUCGCCAAUCAUUUAUAUGGCAGGGAUCAUCCUAAAAGCAUUAAAGCCAAGAAGAUUCUAGCAGGAAGUCCACUUAGUGACACACCUAUUGCUGUACCUAGAAGGCGUCCGUGGCUUCGAAGUUUGCCUUCAUCGCCAUCUGCAUUCCUCUUCACUCCAGCUGUUAGUGAAGUUAGUCAAGUUAGUCAAGACACAAAGGAAAACAACAAGAGUGACAAGAAAGAGGCAUUGUUGUAUGCAUCACCCCAUUUCAAGUCCACGACGACGGAUCUAAGAAAGGUCUUGCAGAAGAGAAAGAGAGCAAGAAGCAGAUCUCCUAGCCCUUCCUAUAAGACAGAUCUUAAGCGACCUCGAAGAGGCUUUGAGAGUAGUCAGAAUUACUAUGCCUCUUCCAAGUCACCAGCUGCCCGUGUCGUUUCCUAUGUGAAAAGGGGAUGGCAACGAGUCAAAGGGUUCUUCAAGCGCCAUGAAAUGCCAGAUCGUAGAGUCGUGACAUUUCAAAGGCAUCAAGCAAGGCAAAGCUACUACAACAACUGGCAUUACUGGUAGAACGUUAGUCAGUGACGAGUAACCCACAUGACAAGUUUAAUUAAAAUUAGAGUCAUGGGAUAGCUGUUGGUUUCAAUUUGUGUUUGGAACAGUACUAAGAACAUCUUCAAGUUUUGAUUUUGUUUAUCUAUAUUGCCUUUAAUAUCUAAUGAUACUUCAUGCAGGUCAUGUGUCCAGUACA